AUGAGUGUACAAUCGGUUUCCGAGGUCACUAUGACACCACCUCUUUCUCAGCCAACUCCAACUAUCAGAAUUUAUACACCUCCAUCUUCCCCUCCAAACACAGGCCCUGAUGAGUGGGAUAGCAUAGAUGACUUUUCUGUUGAUUCACUACCAGUGGAAGAAUCAUCAUCUUCAUCCGCUCAGAGCCCUUUUACAACUUCGCCACCCGAGGAAAUUAUGAGAGAUGAAUUUUCUUCUAUUAAUGACAUCAAUGAUACACCCCGAAAUUCAUCGGCCGAUUUUAUUCAAAAGAUGGGGCAUUGGCUGUAUAAUACUCGAGUUGUACAAUACAUGAAAUCUGAUGAAGGGGCUCGAGUUAAAUCAACUUAUUCAUUGAACACAAUAUGGAUGCUGGGAAUCGCAUAUAUAUUUCCAGAGGAAGGUGGAGCUGUUAGUUUACCAAAAGUUGAUAGAGGAGAGCAAACCCGGGGUGGUCGUGCUUCCUCUUUAUUUAAUUUUACUAUGUUUAGUUCAUCCGAAGACGAUGAAGAAUAUAUUGAAACGCCAGAAAAUCCCGAGCAGAUUCGCAAUGAGGAAGUUUCACCACAUAAAUUGAAUAAAUCUCGCUCAUUUACUCAGCUUUUAUCAGAGAUUAAUUCGCCACAAAUCCAUUUAACUCCCAGUAAGGGAAAAGGAAAUGUAAUUAGUGGUCUACGACGAUUACGCUCAUUAUCGUUUUCUCGCAAACCGACCUCUUCCUCUUCCUCUUCUUCACCUGAUAAGAAUUCGAUGAUAGAGUCAUCGUCUCAAACAGAUUCUCAACCCAAUCGAAAAACUCGACCGCGCCUGCCUUCUUUUCCUUUUAAUAAAAAAUCCGAUCCCACAGAUUCUUCUCAUUCAAAUAAAAUCAUAGUCCAUUCUGAACCAAACGUUACAAUGCCAUCAUCUCCACAAUCACCUCGUAAGACAUCGAUGGGACAAAAUUCACGACGCCCAUUUUCAAUGGUUUCCACAUCAUCCCAAAAUAGUAUAGAAUUUUCUAAUUCUGUGCAAAGCAACUUUUUACAAAACCCAAAAAAAACACGUAGAAAGACUUUUGGAUUUUUCACAAAUCGAGAAAAAAAUUUCAAUAAAUCGGCACCUUCUUUAUAUCCGCAUUUAGAGACGGACGCAGAUCAUGAUCCAAAAUAUUUAGGUGCUCUAACAAAAGCCACUCGUUCAAGUUAUGUUGAAGAUGAAUCACGGAAAAGUCGAUAUACCGACCCGAUUUUACCUGAUGAUGAAAUUAGUUUUUCAGAAACUGAAAGUGAUAAUAGUGAUAGCAGGAACUCUAUCACCAAAAACAAUACAACAACAACGGAACAUGAAACACCUGAGCAAAAAGAAAUUAUCAAUAAUCAUCAUAGUAAUGAUAGUUCAUCUUCACAUUAUGAUUUGAAUAAGGACAUUGAAAUAAUUAGUGAUUUUUCACGUAGCACUAGUCGAAUAAGUGCUGAUAUGUCUCUGCAUCCAGAUUGUGCUAGCAAAAGACUUUCAGACGUUGGCUCUUUUGGAUCUAGGCGGUCUUCUAAAUCAUUACCUGCAAUACCAACAAGUCUUUAUAGACCCGAUACAUUUGAUUUUCCUCCUAUUGAACCUGCAUUUCACACCCAAGAUACUGGAUGGGGCUGCAUGCAUCGUACUGGCCAGAGUCUAUUGGCUCAAGCAUUCCUUUGGGUUUUGUUGGGCAGAGAUUGGCGAGUACAUAACUCACAGGCAGACUUAGAAAUAUCUACAUAUCGAAAGAUUCUACGAUGGUUUAUGGAUGGUACUGAAUCUGAACAGUAUUAUUCCAUUCAUAAUAUUGCACGUAUGGGUGUGGCACUAGAUAAGAAAAUUGGUGACUGGUUUGGUCCUACUACGUUAGCGCAUGCUCUAAAGCGAUUAUCUGUAUCACACAAAGAUUGUCCGCUCGUAAUUCAUGUGCCUCCCGACAAUAUAAUAUAUCGAAAUGAUGUCGUCUCUUUAGCUACGGGGGAAUUGGAAGCUAUUGAUCAAAGUUUCAUCAAUAUAAGGCCAAAUUGGAAACCUAUCGUUAUUUUACUUCCUAUAAGAUUAGGCAUCGAAAAGUUGAAUCCCAGCUAUUCUCAAAAUUUAAAGGUAUUGUUUAGGUUGCCACAAUUUUUAGGUAUCGCUGGCGGAAGACCAUGUCGCUCAUUAUAUUUUGUUGCUACUCAAGAUAAUGAAUUAUUCUAUCUUGAUCCUCAUUUUGUACGGCCUGCUGUUAAUCUUGAUGAAUGCAUGGAAUUUCCCAUAGAGGAUUAUCAUUCGACUAUUGUUCGAACAAUGGAUAUAGCUGAAAUGGACCCAUCUAUGCUCUUGGGAUUUUUAUAUCAGAGCAGACAAGAUUUCGAUGAUUUUUGUGAUCGUGUGGGACGGGAGAUGGACACGCAUUUCCCUUUUUUCACGAUACUAGAUACAUGCCCAAUUCCAAGGCCUUUCUCGAGAACAAAUCUCAGUGAUGAAUCUUCAGUCAUUGAAGAUGAUAUUGAGGAUUUAAAACACCUUGUGACACAAGUGGAAGAGGAUGAGAAUAAUGAUCAAGGAGUUCUUAGUACCCAAGAGGAUGAUGAAAUAAACGGCUCAAAGCACGAAGAAGUAAUAUCAGAUGAUGACGGGCCUGAACAAAAAAUUACUUGGAGUCAGUCUGUUCUUAGCGACGAUAAUUAUGAAAUUUUGUAA